AUGCCCCAGCGGAGCCAGGGAAGGGCCCCGGUGGCCCUGCCCUACCGUUGUCCGCGGUGCGGGGAACACAAGCGUUUCCGGAGCCUGUCCUCGCUGCGGGCGCACCUGGAGUACAACCACACCUAUGAGACCCUCUACGUCCUCUCCAAGACCAACAGCAUCUGCGAUGCUGCCGUCUUCCCCCUGGCCGCCGAAGCGGCCUUGCUGACGCCGGCUGCCCGGCGGGACUACUUUGAGAGCACCUCCUUCCAAGGCAAGGAGCAGCGCUUCUCCUGCGACCUCGUUCCCGCCGAGGAGCUGGAGCCGGCCCCAUCCUCCUCCCCCUCGCCCCGCUAUGUCCACGAGAUCGAGAUCCCGCUGACGGAGAUCUUCACCCGCGGCAAAGCCGUGGCGCCGGCCCCCACACCCCCAGCCACUAUGGACACAGCCUAUGAGGAAGGCUUGGCUCGCCUGAAGAUCCGCGCUUUUGAGAAGCUGGAGGUGGACAAGCGGCUGGAGAAGCUGACGGAGGAGGUGGAGCAGAAGAUUGCCUCACAGGUGGGCCGGCUGCAGGUGGAGCUGGACCGGAAGAGCUCCGAGUUGGAAAAGGCCAAGCAGGAGAGCCUGCGGCUCAGCCGGGAGAAGCAGGAGCUAGAGGACAGGGCAUCCGAGCUGUCCCGCCAGGUGGACGUCAGCGUGGAGAUGUUGGCCUCCCUCAAGCAGGACCUGGUGCAGAAGGAGCAGGAGCUGACCCGCAAGCAACAGGAGGUGAUGCAGAUCGACCAGUUCCUGAAGGAGACUGCUGCCCGUGAGGCCAACGCCAAGGUGCGCCUCCAGCACUUCAUCGAGGAGCUGCUGGACCGGGCCGACCGGGCUGAGAAACAGCUCCAGAUCAUCAGCAGCAGCUGCGGCACCACCCCCAACGGCAGCCUGGGACGGUGCAGUGCACCUGGGGCCAAGGGCGCCAGCCGACCGAGAGACAGGCACCCCGGGCCAGGGGUGGUCAUGCACGGCCCAUACGGCAUUUCCAACCAGCGCUCCUCUUCCAGCACAGGGGCCUCGAGCCGGGCGAAAGCCGUGUCGCAGAGCUCAGCGGUGGGCAGCUGCCGGCUGACGGCCAGAUCCGAGGGGGCGGCGGGCAAGGUGGGCCGGCUGGAGAAGGGCAGCCCGGGCCACUCCAGCGAGGUGAUCAGCCCCGAGAUCCUCAAGAUGCGGGCGGCACUCUUCUGCAUCUUCACCUACCUGGACACCAAGACGCUGCUGCGGGCGGCCGAGGUGUGCAAGGACUGGAAGUUCGUGGCCCGGCACCCAGCCGUGUGGACGCGGGUGCUGCUGGAGAAUGCCAGGGUGUCUUCGAAGUUCCUGGCCAUGUUGUCGCAGUGGUGCACCCAGACGCACUCCCUCACUCUCCAAAACCUCAAGCCACGCCAGCGCGGGAAGAAGGAAAGCAAGGAGGAUUACAUGAAGAGCACACGGGGCUGCCUUGAAGCCGGGCUGGAGUCGCUGCUGAAGGCCACGGGCAGCAACCUGCUGAUCCUCCGCAUCUCUCACUGCCCCAAUGUCCUGACGGACCGCUCGCUCUGGCUGGCCAGCUGCUACUGCCGGGCCCUGCAGGCUGUCACGUACCGGAGCUCUACAGACCCUGUGGGUCAUGAAGUCAUCUGGGCCCUGGGAGCAGGUUGCAGAGACAUCAUCUCUCUCCAGGUCGCACCUCUGCAUCCUUGCCAGCAGCCAACACGUUUCAGCAACCGUUGUCUUCAGAUGAUCGGCCGAUGCUGGCCGCACCUGCGGGCACUGGGUGUCGGAGGGGCAGGCUGUGGUGUCCAGGGACUGGCAUCCUUAGCCCGAAACUGCAUGCGGCUGCAGGUCCUGGAGCUGGACCACGUGGCGGAGAUCAACCAGGAGGUUGCAGCAGAAGUGUGUAGAGAAGGGCUUAAGGGGCUGGAGAUGCUUGUGCUGACCUCCACACCAGUCACCCCCAAAGCCCUGCUGCACUUCAACAGUGUGUGCCGGAGCCUGAAGUCCAUCGUUGUGCAGGUGGGCAUUGUGGACUACUUCAAGGAACCCCACAGCCCUGAAGCCAAGAAGAUGUUUGAAGAAAUGGUGAACAAACUCCAGGCCCUGAGGAAAAGACCUGGCUUCUCAAAGAUUUUACACAUCAAAGUGGAAGGAGGCUGUUAGACCUUCAGGGAA